AUGCCGUGCCAUACCGUGCCAUGUCCCCAGGGUGUCGCUGCCAUCGAGAGCUCGCUGCGGGUGGCGCAGGCGUUGGCAGACGAUGUGGAUUUCUGCUGCUUCGCCUUCUCCACCUUCGGCAAAGGGCUCAUCAAACGCUGCCGCACCAGCCCCGACGCCUUCAUCCAGAUCUCCCUGCAGCUGGCACACUUCCGGGACAAGGGCUCCUUCUGCCUGACCUACGAGGCGUCCAUGACGCGGCUGUUCCGCGAGGGCCGCACCGAAACCGUGCGCUCCUGCACGGCCGAGGCCACCGCCUUCGUGCGCAGCAUGGCCGACCCCCGGCACAGC